UGUUUCGAUUUUUUCUCCUUCUCCUUAUCUUCGCAAAUCCUCUUCUCCUCUUCCGUUCUACCUUCUCUCCUUCAGUGUUUGCAAUUUUUCUUCUCCUCUCCCGUUCUACUUUUCUCCGUUCAGGUGUUCAAGUUUUUCGCGUGCUCUCGUCUCUCGAGUUUAGAGGUUGAACAUGGAGACCAAGGCGAUGAAGCCGGCAUGGUGGAAUAACGUAGUUGAUUCAGCGAAAUCAGAUUGGCUUGUGCAAAAUAUCAAGGGCUUUGAAGAGCAUGUGCAACAUAUGCUGCAUCUGAUUGAACAGAAUGGAGAGCAGGCAGAGUUGGUACCUCAUAUUACUGAAAUCUCGGAAAGGCACCAUCUGCUUGUUGAUCACUUCAUUAAGUUAUCAGAUGAUUUGAAUGGUUACAUUCCUUCAGAAAAAACAGGUUAUGAUCCCCAGCAAACUCCUCCUUUCAAAACUCCAUUGAACAAGCUUGGAAUGCUGAAUGAAGUUGGUUCUGAUUCAUCUCCAAGUUCUGGCAGUGGGGCUUCGGAUGCGACACCUAAUGAAAGCUCUGAAUAUUCUAUACUGUCAUCAGAUUCUGAUUCAGAAUCAUUCAACUCAUCUCCAAAGAUGGAAGUAGUGAUCGAGAAGAAAAGUGAAUGCAGCCAAUGCGAAACUCUGCAGCAGAAAAUUUCAAGCUAUGCGAAAGAGAUAGAGCAUUUCAACGAGAAGCUUUCUUUUGCUGAAGAAGAAAUUGCUAAACUGAAGAAUGAGCUGCAGAAUAAUGCAACAGUUACGAUCAACAUGGGAAGUCUAGAGAAUCUACUUGCUGCAGCCAAGAAUCAGAUUAAGUUGCACGAGGCCGAAAUCGAAGAGGAGAACAAAAGAUCUCUGGCGCUUCAUCGACAGAUAGUCGAGUUAGAAGCCAAUCUCAAGUCAGAAAAGAGUCAUUCCAUGGAGCUGCAGAAGAUCAUAACAAUGCAGUCGGAGGAUAUAUCCAACCGAGUUCUUGAAAUACAGAAUUUGUUGUCGGAACUCCAAGAUGUUUCAGCAACCUCUGCUUAUGAUAAAUGGCUACUGGAAUCCUCCAUUGCCAAGUUAUCAGAAAGCUUGGAAAUCUCCGAGACAAGAUCCGAAGACCUGGAGGGAAAAUACUAUUCCUUACUUGAUGAGAUCAAGAAACACGAAGAUGAUAGGAUCGAGAUGGAAAAAAAGCACGAAUCCCUCCAAAUUAACUUGCAAGAAGAGAUCAACCACAUGAAGCGGGAGAUAAGCAAGAAAAACGAUCUAGUCGAACUACUGAAUAAAACAAAGGAUGAUCUGAAGCUAAAGUAUGACACACUAAUGGCUGAGAAAGAUACACUCUAUGCAGAGUUGAAAUCCGUGAAUUCCGAACGCAACGAUCAAAUCAAUCAUUAUCAGCGUGAACUCUGCAAACUGCAUUCUGAAAUCGAGCAACUGUGCGACGAGAAAACAACGGCAUGCAAUAAGGUGGCUGAAUUGGAAAGUAAGAUGGAUGAGUUAGAGGGAAAGAUGGGAAUGCAAGCGAAGGAGAUGAACAUGGUGGCGGAGGAAAAGAGGGAGGCUAUAAGGCAGCUGUGUUUCUCUCUUGACCAUUUUCGAACGCGGUAUGAAGAAGUGAGGGAUGCGUAUCUGUCUAGGCUGCAGCCUUCUUCUGCUAUUUCUACUUCUACAGCUUUGGUAAGGUAAGUAUUCGUUUGUGAUGUUCAUCAGCUUCUUCUUUUUCUUCUAUGCAUGCUCUAUUUAUUUGUUAGACAAUGUGUUUUGUUUUGGUAGUUCAAUCCAUCAUUA